CUUAGUAUUGCGAAGUAUUUUGUUUUAGAGUCUAACAUCGACUAGAUUUAUAAAUUAGCUGUUGAAGGAAAGUUUCAAAAAUUAGUUACAUUCUCAAUUAAUUUCCAAAUUAGCCAUGUACAGGUGCUCGAAAAUUGACAAUAUUUGCAACUUGGACAGCUACCCGAUUUUGGCCAGGGGUCCCCAAACAAGCAAUCCACAAUACUCUCGCUCUGACGUGGACCUCAUAGAGUCAGAGCUGAGCUUGACGAUCGAGAUGGAGAUGGAGCAGGAUCAGCAGCAGUUGAUUGUAGAUGAAGAUGCCACCAGCCUCAUUAGCAUUAAAAGAAACUCCAGCGGCAACAGUGCAUGGAAGAAAGGCUUCGUUUUGUCGGAGCGGCAUCUGGAAGAUGAGCCGGUCAAGCUGACACAGGAGGUGUGGCAGAGGGGUAUUCGUCCGCCGUUGGGCAUGUGGGUGGUGGGGGAUAUGGAACGAUUGCAGGAGCACCUGGACGAGAAUCUCCUGGGUGUGGACGCCAAGUGGAUGCUGUUCACAUCGGCCGUGAUGAGCGGUCGCUGCAUUACAAUGCUGAAACAGUGUCCCCCUUUCAAUCGUCCUUUCAGCCGUUCGCAAAUCGAAGAGCUGCGUGUGGCAACGAUCAGAAUGCCCGUCAUGACCACCGUGCAGCGCAGUGUCUACCAAGACUUGCUAUUCCUGACCGCCGAACCCGAGCCCCACAUCUCGCUGCUCCACUGGCUGCUACUAAAGAGCAAAACGCCGCAUCUGCAGCAGGUGCCGUUGUCAAAGAUCGAUAAUCUCUGGGAGCAGAUCGGCCAGAAUCCCGGCUGCCGUCCCGAUCACUUUUUCCGGGUAGAGAUGCCGUUUGCGCUGAGCGUGCCCGAUCUGGUGCGACCUUGCGUUUUCUACAGUGGUCCGAUUGAUGUCCUACACAGCCUGAUCGCUGGUCCCAUAGACUUGAAUAGCAAGUACCUCGAGCUCCACGACAGCCUCAUUAAGGCCACCUUUGUGUCGACGGUCUGCGCCUGUUGGGAAAAUUCGCUCUGCGGUUCCACCCUCAGAGCUGUGGCAAUCUGCGAAAAGCGCUCCAGUAUGGUUCAGCGCCUCGAAACCGUGGAUGUGGUAGUGACCCCACUAAGUCCCCAGAAGUCGGACAAGAUGAAUAUGUGGACCAAUACGCUGUGCAAGGCUCUCAUGGAAGAGGGCCCCAUGUUUGGGAUAGUGGCGGCUGCUCUGCGUGAUGUGUGCGGUUUCAUCCGUAAGCAUUACAGUUGCAACAAGCACUGAAACUCAAUUGUAUCCUGUGAAAAUGUCAUGUAUCUGCCUGUGGCAUAGGAGUAUAUGAUUAUAGACAUAUUUGCUUAUUGACAUGGAUAGACCUGAACACGGUGCCCUUGCCCCUUCCUCGGGGACUCCCUGGGCUUUGCCUGUUCGCCGAGGCGUAAGUGGGCAGUGAAGUGCGUUGAGCAUUUUGCGGCUCUCCUGAUGCCAGGCCACACCACACACACAAUCGACUGGGUUUCGAUGACCUCGUUGCUAGCGCUUAUUAACGCCCGCUCAAUUCUCUGAAUUUCUCGCAGUGUUGGGCAACUCUGGUAUGUGCGGGAGAUUGGGAUUGGAGUACGAUGUGCUGGAAUUUAAUCGAUUGAUAUACCCUUUCAAGAGGGGGCUAAUGGAUUCCAGUUAAGCUUAAUGAAUUUGUGGCUCCCUCGGUUUCCACUGAUAAACUCCUGUUAAAGUGAAAUCCUUGUAAUGUGGGGCAGGUCUAUCAUAAUGAAAAGCUUUGGACAUUUUACUGAUGGUUUCUGGUGCCGUUUUCCAAUUUAACGAGUUUUGAGUCUUUCUCUAAUAUCUAUACAUUGCUUGCAAAAUGUUGGACCU